AUGCUUGUUAGUGUACUUAUCUGUAUUUUCGUUGGUUUUGCAAGUUCUCAACCUUGGACUCAAAACAGUUGUGGCCGACGUCCAUUAAUAGCUCCUGAGGAUGAUAAAAUUGUUGGUGGUGUACAAUCUCUACGUGGUGAUUGGCCAUGGUCGUGUUCUAUGCGUUCCGGUUCCUCAAAAAGUCACAUUUGCGGUGGCACACUUAUAAAUGGUCAAUGGAUUGUAACUGCAGCACAUUGUGUAAGCAAUGGUGCUUCUCCAAGUACAUACAGAUGGCAUUGCGGUCUACAUGAUCGAAACAGUCACGAUUCUUGGACUCAAGAAUUUACAUCAAUCCGAUAUGUUGUACAUCCACAAUAUGAUUCAAGGAAUAUUCGAAAUGACAUCGCUGUGUUUAAAAUUAGUAAUACGGAUAUAACAUUUACUGACUACAUCCUGCCAGCUUGCUUUCCUGCUGCAACUGAUACUUAUGAAGGUCGCAUGUCGAUGGCUAUGGGAUGGGGUACAUUGUUUUCCGGCGGAAGUCUUGCUGCUCAACAUAUGGAAGUUGGACUCCUAGUUUUGCCUGAUGCUACUUGUACAAGGGAAUUUGGUGCUACCACGGUCAAUACAGUAACUCAAAUUUGUGCUGGUGAAAGAGGUGAUAACAAAGAUACAUGUCAAGGUGAUUCAGGUGGCCCAUUAGUUGUUAAACAUGAUGAUGAUGGACUGUGGCGUUUGAUAGGUUUGACAUCAUGGGGUUAUGGAUGUGGUGAUAUUGGUGUUUAUACUCGUGCUUCAGCGUUUCGCAACUGGGUUCUGCAACAAGUUUUAACAUUGCCAAGCGGUGCCGACGACUAA